AUGACACACAACAUCACAGAGGACCAGUUCACAAGGGUCGCGGCAGUUGUCGACUCGCAUCGCGUGCCGGCACUGCAUCCAAAGGGACACCUGAGCAACAUUCUUACAGACUAUGCGUUCCAGGCUACCCAGGGGGAACUUGACCUUCGUGACAAGGAAGAGGGCUGGGCACCCCGCCGCGCCAGCUUCUCGGCCGAGGCAAAGCAGUACUGCAUGAAUGUCUACGUCGCGUACGCACGUUACGCAUACGAGGGCAAGGACGAUGUGAGCCGCCAGGCUCUGGCCGAGAUUGACAGCAUCUGCGCUUGA